AUUUUUUGGAUCACAUGUUGCAGAUUAGGCGAGCAUUUUGAAUACUUAACUACAAAAUAUUUAAUGAUACUUUCUCAAGAUUGCCUCUAAGUAAAAAGGAGCCGAGAAGGAAGUAAAAUAGAAACUGUUUAAAAAUAAUAUUCAACAUAUGUACUUACUUAGCCCAUUCGUGAAAGUUUAUACCUAUGUGAGUUCAGUUUGAAUUUUAACCGGAUAGGUAAAUUAUUCAUCUUCGAAACGAUGAAUCCAUUGAUUUUCUUUAUUAUAUGUAUUUUUGUAACCGAAGUACGAUCAAAAAAAGCUUUACUUAUCAAUUCACAGAGUUGGGGAAUUGAAGAUGCUUGGCACGAUAACACAAUUCGGCCCGCUUUCUGUUCAAUUUCAACUAGGUACAAAUAUUUUGCUGCGUGCCCUGCUUACAACAUUCUAGAGCAGCAAUUCAACAAAGAUGUCUCGCUGACCAAACAAAGCGUAUUCUCGCGACUAAAUUUGUGGAGAACUCAAUCCCUAACAGACAGUGAUCUUGAUUUUUGUGAGGAAUCCUACGAGCCUUCGCUGAUUUAUGAUUCGCUUACAGGAGAGUACAAAAUCGGAUUUGAGCUAUAUUUUUUUAGAAGCGAGGCCGUAUGUCGCAAUUACGAUAAAGAUAGUUAUCAUUAUUAUAAAACGGUAAAUACUGAAAAUGACAAGUAUAAUAUCGAGAAUCAAACAAUAUUCAACGGUACCUCUGAAUUUGUAAAUAGAUACGAAGAUGACAACCACAUUCUGUUCAAUGUCUCCAAUAGUCGGAUUCUGGCUUUUUAUUGGAUAAAUGUACUGUCUAUACAUUGUUCAAAAAACAACAAACAUGUAAUACUCGUAUUUGAAAAAUAUGGAUCGCAAGUUGGAAAUUUGAGUGAUGAAUGCACAAAUUACCGACGUGCUGAUGAAGAAUUGUACUCGCAGGAAAAUCAGAAAAAGUGUUUGAAAGACAUUCUAGUACCUUCGUUCUUAUUGAAAGUUAAUCCUGAUUUGUCAUGUGGGCAACCUUACGGAUGUUUAACACCAUCGCAGAUAAUUCCACUAUGGUAUUUUGACUCGAGUUCAGCUAAGCUUGCCAGUUGUUCGCAUUUAAAUGCAAUUCCAGUUUGGAAAAGCAUCGCAGAUGGAAAUUUGAGAAGAGUCGAUCUUUUCGUAGCUGUAAUUAUUAAGACAUCAAGUGUUAACGAAGUCAUUUUUGGUGUAAACGGAGUUUUGAAAAUGACGGUACCGGGCGGUAGACGAAGAAUGUAUUUAUCGGAUACUAAAGGGGAUCGUGUCGUGGAAAUUCCAAAAAUAAUUUAUCGAAUUAUCAAAGUCGAAGCGUUAGGUUGCAGCCAUUUCGCAGUUAUCGUAAUCCAUAAUGAUCCUAGCGCAGUUCGGGAUGCUGACAGACUUUGCAACAAAAACGAUACUCUUAUUCACUCGUGGGAAAAAAUAAUCAACGAUGAUUCAAAAACUGGAUUAACUUACGUUUGUCCGAUGAACACAGUUCUUGAAAAAAAAUUUGACCUCAAUUGUUGCAGCAUAAAUAAAUUAAAUUUGGCCGAAUUUCCAAGUCACUAUUCUUGGUCUGAGGAGUGGUGGUUUAAUGACGAUAGAGAGGAAAUUGUCAAUUCAAGCUUUGAGAGAGUUUUAAAAGAGUAUCCCGAGUGA